CCCCUCCUUGUUCCUGAUGCAGAUCUUCACUCACCCCUUCUUCCCUGGCAGGGAGCACAGUGCCAUUUUGUGGUUCCCUGAGGUGCCAAAAUGAAUUGGGCUGGCCCUGCAUCUAAUAUUGCAUAUGCUUAUCCAGAACGUCUUCGUUAAGUACAGUGGUGUUUACUCCCAGGUAUACGUACAUAGAAUUGUAAUCUUAAGAUACUGGUUAAUUCAAUAAGGCUAAUUUUAUGUAGGAUAUUAAUAAAUGAGGGAGACACUGCUUUUUAAAAUAUACCUGACAACAACAGACCAAAAACUAUUCUUGGUAUCGGUCGCCUUUACAACGCUCAUCACAGUCCUUGUUCCUGUGUUAUCUCAUCUCGCUGGAUGGAGCAAUAAAUGUACAAUUAAAUAACUAACUCAUCACACGCCUCCAUUAUCAAUACUCAUUUAUUUAUUUACAUUUAUAUAUACUGCCCAUCACGCGAGCAUCAUAGGGUGGUCUUCCACAGAACCACAAAAAUACAUAACCUAAUAGGAAACACAACACACCGCUCUUCCAUGUAUGUUUUAAAGCAAAUAUUUUCCAAUAUCAUAAAUCAGCGCGUCAGGAUGAGGAGGGCUCUUCACCCGUUCCCUGUUCCCAAGUCUGCUCUUCUCUGCUUCCACUUGCGACCUGGCACUUGCGCCCAUUCCUAGAACAUGACUGAUCCUUCUCUGAGGGCAAUUUCCUGUUCUUUUUUUCGGCCUGAAGCUCCGAAGAGAGCUGGGCUUCCUUUGCAGCCUUCGCCCGUCGCGGCUGCGCUGGGCCUUAAAUCUGUUUAACUCCAGGCGGACUGCCUCGCCUCCAGGCUGGGCGCUGGAAACAGGCGCUGCUGCCAUGUUCUAGACCACGAAGCAGAGAGGCCUUCAAGGGCCCGUUGGCAACAGUGGCGUAGCGUGGGUUGUCAGCACCCGGGGCAAGGCAAGUAAUUUGCGCCCCCUGACCCCCAGAUGUUGCGCCUGGUGCGGCCGCCCCCCCUGCACCCCCCACGCUACGCCACUGGUUGGCAAUGAGGCUGGGCGAACGCGAAGCUCGGCGCUGCCUGUUGCCACAACCUGCCAAGCGACAUAUAAGGGCGACGCGGAUUUAUUGGUUUUAUUUCAUUUCUUUCUACAGAGUCGGGGUGUUUUACUGGGACCAACGAGCCACACCAUAACCAUGCUUCCUUUCCUUGAAGCGAAACUCGGCUCGAAGCCUCGCAGGUGGCAGCACUUGCUGCUUACUGCCCCAAAGGAAUCAGGGCGGAGCAGAUUUAUUCUUAUUUUGGGCGCCUUUCUCUUUUUUUAACUGACACCUGAAAGAAGGAAGGCGGGGCCAACGGCUGAGAAAAGAAGCCUUUAGCAACGGUCGCUGUUAACCUUUCGCGCACGCGCAGUUCGCAGGGGCCCCGCGAGCCGGCCGACACCGCGCACGCGUGCUGCGCGCCUGAGUCCUGUCGGGGGCGGGGCUUAUAUAGCGUUGAUGCAAUGUGGCGCAGGCGCGCUUCAAGCCUGUCUGUCAGAAGCUUCCGGGAAGGUAAAGCAGCCGCAGCUGCCCAGGUGAGCGGCUGAGGGGGAGAGGAAGAGGGACGGGCUCGCCCGCCUCCGGUCCUGAGGGAGAGGAAGGCGCAGCUCCUCUCGGGGAUAACUGGUAGGUGGGCUAGUUCCGAGUUCUGGCGCUUUGCGGGGAACGGGCGGCUGCUAUUAUUACCAUUAGAAUUCGUUAGUCCCUCUGUCUUGCCCACGCCAAGCCCAAGCGCCUUGCGAACCAACCAACCCAACCAACCCUUCCCUCAUCCAGUAUAUACUGUUGCAACCAAGUGGGUGGAGGGGGGAGAAAAUGCAUUUAAAAUAAUCAUACUUCAAACCAAACAAACAGACUAACCCCCUCAAACACAUAGGUAAAUUAAAACUAAGUGGGAGAAGAAAGAAAAUGCAUUUGAAAUAAUGGUACCAAUGUAAAUUAUGCCCAUAUACUUUCUUGGUGAAAAAACAUGGAAUCAAGAUAAAAGAUGGAUUGAUAACUUGAAAGUGCACUGUUCAGUGAUACUCCAUACAAUUGUGUGGUUUUGUUCUGCAGAAGAAAGCAUAAACAAAACAAGCUGAUACAAGUAAUGCAAGGUAUGAAACAGCUCUUCCACUGUUAUAUCCUCAUAUAUCUAGGGUUGUAACAGUCUGGGUGGGAAAACACCUUACAUGCAUGCAGGUGAAUAAUUUUUAGGCAAUUCUAUUCCAGGUUCGUCAAAGCGGGGCGGUUGCCCCCUUGGUGGUGUGUAUGUGUUUUGUCUCUUAGCUGCUAGAUAUUGUAGGGAAGCGAGCAGCACUGACACUUUGGAACUCCCUGCUUAUUGAUAUUAGGCAGGUGUCUUGAGUGCAUUAUUUCCAGCGCCUGCUGGAAGACAUUCUUUUUUAGACCAAGCCUUACUCUGAUGUUUAUAAAAUUUGUAUGAGUGUUAUUGGGGUUUUCACUUUUUGGUAUGUUUUCUCAAUAAUGGUUGUGCAUUUUUAAAACGAUUUUAUUUUUCUCUUUUUUGUAAACCGCUUUGAAGAUUUUUCUACAAUCAAGCAGUAUAUAAUUUUAAAUAAAAUAAAUACCAAUAUUUUGCAAUGCAGGGCUUUAUUAUAUGUAGGUAAAGGGACGCGGGUGGCGCUGUGGGUUAAACCACAGAGCCUAGGAGUUGCCGAUCAGAAGGUCGGUGGUUUGAAUCCCUGCGAUGGGGUGAGCUCUUGUUGCUCGGUCCCUGCUCCUGCCCACCUAGCAGUUCAAAAGCACAUCAAAGUGCAAGUAGAUAAAUAGGUACCACUCCGGCGGGAAGGUAAACAGCGUUUCCGUGCGCUGCUCUGGUUCUCCAGAAGCGGUUAGUCAUGCUGGCCACAUGACCUGGAAGUUGUACGCUGGCUCCCUCGGCCAAUAAAGCGAGAUGAGCGCCGCAACCCCAGAGUCGGCCAUGACUGGACCUAAUGGUCAGGGGUCCCUUUACCUUUACCUAAAAGUUGAAAAAAAGGUAAAGGACUCCUGGACGGUUAAAGUCCAGCCAAAGGCAACUAUGGCGUGUGGCACUCAUCUUGUUUUAGGCCUAGGGAGCUGGUGUUUAUCCACAGACAGCUUUCUAGGUCAUGUGGCCAGCAUGACUAAACCGUUUCUGGCACAAUGAACACCGAGAGAAACCAAAGCAUACGAAAACGCUGUUUAAUUUCCCGCUGCAGCAGUACCUAUUUAUCUGCUUGCACUGGUGUGCUUUCUGUCCAGACACUGAGGGUCCAGCGCUGAGGGCCUUCUGGCGGUUCCUUCGCUGUGAGAAGCCAAGUUACAGGGAACCAGGCAGAGGGUCUUCUCGGUAGUGGCAUCCGCCCUGUGGAACGCCCUCCCACCAGAUGUCAAAAACAACUACCAGACUUUUAGAAGACAUCUGAAGGCAGCCCUGUGUAGGGAAGCUUUUAAUGUUUGACGGACUAUUGUAUUUUAAUAUUUAAUAUUUUGUUGGAAGCUGCCCAGAGUGGCUGGGGAAACUCAGCCAGAUGGGUGGGGUAUAAAUAAAUUAUUAUUAUUAUUAUUAUUAUUCAAACUGCUAGGUUGGCAGGAGCUGUGGCAGAGCAAUGGGAGCUCACCCUUUGUGCAGAUUUGAACCACCGACCUUCUGAUCAGCAAAACAAAGCGACCCAGUGGUUUUGACCACAGCACCACCUGCGUCCCUACUAUCAAAUAUAGGACGUACAUAUGGUAGUUACUAAUGACUUACCACUUUUUUUUUAAGGAAGCUGUGUGUAACACCCACAGGGGAAAAAUAGGUUUUACUUUGCUGCCUAUGGUGCUGUAUGCAUGCACACAGCAAAAUGGUCUACACACUACAUGAUGCUAUCCAAUUUCUACACAGAAGUAGUAAAUCCAUAUAUGAAACUCUUCAUGUGGGAAGCAGGCUGCAGUUAAUUUCUGCUGUCUGCUUUAUUCCCCUGUUGUCUGCAUAGUAUGUUCUGGAGUCCUGUCUCCUCUCCUGCAGGAAAAACCCAAGAUGCAAUGAAGGUAGUGUGUCUCUGGUGAAAACAGGCACAACAGUUUGAGAGUAGUGGGGCCAUUUUGGAUUGAAUGUAGUGUAUUUAUAUUGUAGGCCUGAGCUCUGAAAAAAACCAGUCCUGCAAGUUUGAACAAGCCAUGCAGGCUUAAGCACGUUUAAUAGAACAAGGGGGAGGAAUGAGCAACACAUGGUGUAGGGAGAACUUGGCUAUGCAGACAAGUACUAAUUACCUUCUCUACCUCCCAUGGCUUCACCAGUUCAACUUCUAGGAGUGAAAUGUUGCAUAUGUUAACAUUUUUAUAUUGUUUAUAAAAUGUAUGAUAGGCUUCAUGUGAAAGUAAAAAGGUGUAUAGCCCAUCUGAAGCAUGGGCGGGCAGCUGGUGGCUUUGUUGGGUGUUUAUUUGCUGGCAUGCACACCUUUCAUUUCAGUUGCAAAACUGGGAAGAAGCUAGGCUUAUUCCUCCUUGCCCCAACUGUAGAUGUGCUGUGUUGUCUUUCUUUUUUCAUACCACACGAACAUUUUGAAGCAUUUUAAUAUUGCUUAUUUCCCCCAUUUUUAGUAUUAUAAUAACGAGACAUCAAACUGCUGAAAUCCCAUACAGUAAAAUUAUUUUGUAUGAUAGAAAGAAGUAUAUUACCAUUAAAUAUAUUAUUAUAUCAGAACAACAGGAAUGCAGGUACUGCCACUUUUGAGGCAUUUGAAAUCAUUACAGCCUGAUUUUAUGCAGAGUCAAAUGUGCUUAAGCUUGUAAAUUUCAGUAUGUUAAGCAUUAGUUUGCUUUCUUACUCUCUUUUGACUUUCCCUCCAUUUUUAUGUCUUUCCAAGUUGUUUUGUGGUCAUCAAUCCUCCUUGCCCCCUGAAUUGGGCUUCUCCCCUCUGCUCCUCACGAGCUUUCAUGCAUGCUGUGCCGAGAGUCCUGCUGCCCUAUGCAGGGUCUGUCUCUGGCAGUGGCUGUUUGCUAUUGUGUGAGUGUAGAGACACACACACCCCAGUCCUGGCUGAACUGCACUUCCCAGGAUGCUGAGCAGUGUGUACUUGUAGCAGGGAAUGCUGGGAAUUGUAGUCCAGCAGAAUCUGACAGCCUUGUUGGGGAGUUCCAAAGUUAUCAAUCAGGAAACCCACAGUGAAUGGAUACUCAACCUCACAUGGCUUAUCUGGUAUCAGAAAAAAAAAUUCUGUCAGUAUGAGCCUGUGAAGAUGAAUAAUCAAUGAGUAGAUAUAAAAUGGAGCAAUUAAACUGCCUGUCUCUUUCACUGUUGUGUUGCAAGCAUUUACUAUGCAGCUGUCAAGGUUCAUGUGUUCUUAUUUGCUUAACUUGUCUUUGUCACUGGCAACUGGGUUGGGUCCAUUGCUUUUUAUAAAAGAUUUGUAAAGUCUCUAAAUAUUUAAUUGCCCUGUUUCUUCAGUGUCCCUUGAUAUAGAAACACAUCUUCCUUUUAAGACUUUGCUCCACAAUGGAGGAGACUGGCCGAGAGGCAGUUGCAACAGCUGUUCAGAGAGUCGCUGGGAUGCUGCAGCGGCCAGAUCAACUGGAUAAAGUGGAACAAUAUCGCCGGAGGGAAGCACGGAAGAAGGCUUCAGUGGAAGCUAGACUGAAGGUAUGAAACCUCAGUCCUAACCCUGUAUUACAGCUGAGGAUGUAAUAGUCUAGGUUAUCUUUGCAAAGUCUUUGUGUAAAACUAUAGUGCUAGAACUAUAGUGUCUCCUCUUUUCCCCUUCACUGUGUUGAUCUUAAUUUCUGAAGUGAGGAACAUCUGAUUUACCAUUGGAGGAAAGCAACACUCCUGUGGCAUCUUAAUGACUUAACCACACAAUCCUAUAAUGUCUACUCAGAAGUGAGUCUCACUGAGUUCCACAGAGCUUACGCCCAGGUUAUUGGGUACAAUAUAGGAUUGCAGCUAAAGAAGUGUAUUGAGGCCUAAUGUUUCAUCAACCAGAGCCCACUUCAUCAGAUGCAUUUGGGCUCUAGCUCAUGAAACCUUAUCUUCCAAAUAUAUUAUUCUUUAAGAUUUCACAGGUCCUUUUUUGUUUUUGGAAUAGCAAAUAAACCAAAACUACCACUAUGGAAUUUGGCAUUCUCCCACUUCCUUCUCUGCUUCUAAUUAUUUUAAAAUUAGUUCAUUAAAGUUGGCUCCCUUGUAUGUCACUAUCUGUGUUUCCUUCAUCCCACAACAGAUAGGUUCUUAACUAAUGUAGUAAUUUAAGUUUUCCUUUUCAGGCGGCAAUCCAGUCACAGCUAGAUGGCGUCCGAACUGGCUUAAGCCAACUGCACAAUGCACUGAACGAUGUAAAAGAUAUUCAACGUUCUUUGAUUGAUGUCAAUAAAGACUGGCGGCAAAGUAUAAACACCAUAGAAAGCCUCAAGGAUGUUAAAGAUGCUGUAGUUCAGCACAGCCAACUAGCAGCUGCUGUAGAGAACCUCAAAAAUAUCUUCUCAGGUAUGAGUCUACAAUGAGUGGCCUCACUCUGUGGGUAGAAUAGAAAUGUAAUGCUAUAGUGGCGUUUUCAGAGGUACCAUUAAAAUCUGCUUGAAGCUACCAUUUUUCAUGCAGCUAUGGUUCUGAAACCAGGCUUGUGUGACAUAAUGUGAUUACAUUUCUUUCUGAUUUUGCUUUUCAGUGCCAGAGAUAGUACAGGAGACACAAGACUUGAUUGAUCAGGGGGAAUUGCUGCAAGCCCACCGAAAGCUAAUGGACUUGGAGUGCUCUCGAGAUGAUCUGAUGUAUGAACAAUAUCGUAUGGACAGCAAGAACACCCGUGAUAUGAACCUCAUUGACAACUAUUUUGGAGAUAUGCAAAAACUUUCUGAAGAGCUGGCCAAGCAACUCUGGAUGGUCAUUCAGAGGUCUCUAGUCACUGUCCGCCGAGAUCCCACCUUGCUGGUUUCAGUUGUCAGAAUAAUUGAGAGGGAAGAGAAAAUAGACAGGCGCAUGCUAGACAGGAAAAAGCAAACUGGAUUUAUCCCCCCUGGCAGACCUAAAAAAUGGAAGGAGAAAAUGUUCAAUGUAUUGGAUCGAACAGUCACCACCAGGAUUGAAGGCACUCAAGCAGACACCCGAGAAUCUGACAAAAUGUGGCUUGUCCGUCAUCUGGAAAUAAUUCGCAAAUAUGUCCUUGAUGAUCUCCUGGUGGCUAAGAACCUUUUGGAUCAAUGUUUCCCCCCACACUAUGAAAUUUUCAAAAGAUUACUAAGCAUGUACCAUCAGGCACUGUCUUUACGCAUGCAGGAUCUGGCUUCUGAAGAUCUGGAAGCAAAUGAAAUUGUUAGCCUUUUGACAUGGGUUUUAAAUACUUACAAAAGGUAAGGGUACUGUCUUUUGGGUGUAGUAGCAAGUAAACAUAAAUGAAAGAACACAUGGUUUUAGAUAGAUGCAUACAGAGGUGGAAAGGUGGAUUAUAUUUUUAUGUACUGCUGAGCCACAAGCUAUUAUUAUACAUUAAGCCUUUUUAUAGCAGGGUGGAACUCUGGUCCAUAUAGCCCAAUACUAAUCAAUCAAUUAAUUACAAUGAGCAGAUCAAAAGCACACCAGAAUAACUGAGCAAAACAGAUUCAAAAGUGAAACAUGAAAACGAUUAUGUUGAGCUACAGUAAUCCUUAGUUAGUUCCUGAACAUGGUCCUUCCAGUUUCAGAUGAUGAGUUCUCUUCUUCUCACUGACACUGACAGAAAUUUCGGGUUUUAUCUUCUAUCUGAUAUUUAAUAUAAAAUUGAACUGGCUUUUCCAAUAGUUAGGUCAGUGAAGGGCCAACCAUGUGCUGCCCAAUUCCAGCACAAAACUUAUAAAACAGAAGGACAUGUUCUAUAGAUUCUACUCCCUGAUUAUUACCCAUGAGGAAAGGGAGUUUCCAGAAUCUUGCCAGAAUAAAAACUUUGCAGCAACACGCAGAUUUCUAUAUUAGGCAUCUAACUGGGAGGGAUAAUAAUAAUUUCUUGCAGUUGCACAUGGAUUCUGUCUGUUCUCUCCAAUUCAGCAUAGAGAUGAUGGGAAAUCCAGAACUUGCACCAGAGGUGGAUGUGAAUACGCUGCAGCCAUUGCUUUCCCAGGAAGUGGUGGAUGAGCUUCUUAGCACAUAUAUGUCAACUCUUACAGUAAGCAAUAACAGUAAUUUUGCUCACUCCUUCAUAUGGGGUUGGAAUAUUCAUUAUUCUUACUUGGCUGUUCUCUCACUCCAACCCUGCACAAUUCAGAUUUUACCAUGCAUGUUUGCAAAUCAGUUGUACAACUUGCAAUUUGUGUCCUUGGCAAACAAUUUUCAUUCCACUAGAAACUUUCCUAAUAUGGGUUGAGUGGCAAAAGGCAAAACUGAGUUCUGCUUCAUGGGCAUUAGUGAAGUGCAUGCGCCAUUUUAAUUUAGUAUCCAGAUUCAAUAUAUUUGCCUUUCUUUCUUUUGCAUUUUAAUCUUCCUAUAGUCCAACAUCAUUGGCUGGCUACGAAAAGCACUGGAGACAGAUAAAAAAGACUGGCUAAAAGAAAAUGAGCCAGAAGCAGAUCAAGAUGGAUACUAUCAGACUACACUCCCUGCUAUUGUGUUCCAGGUAUAAGCAAUUGGCUUCAGUAUACUGAUUGGGGCAGGAGGAAGGGGCAAAGCUCUGAAAAUGGGGAAAUGAAUAAAAUGAUUGAUGAGUGCAUGCUAUUCUGCUUUGUGUUUGUUUUGUAGAUUGAAUUUAUUUCAGUUGGCCACUUAAAGCUGCAAUCCUAUGCACACUUUACAAUGAGUAAGCCCCACUGAACACAGUGGAAGUUACUUCUGGGUAAACAUUAAACAAGUGAGGUUGAAAUAUUAAUAAAACCUAUAAUUUGGCACUUAAUUAUUUAAAGGCAUGGACUCCCUUCCCAGGGCGCACCACUACAUUUGGUCACAUUGGACUUGUACAUUUUGGAUCCGCUCUGCCACCACAUAAACUCUAGUGUAGCAACAAAAGUGUAGGGCUAUGGCUGACAUCUAUGUGGCAUCUUCAAAAUGCCCAUGACUAUGGGCAGAAUAAGUUAAUAGAUGUGCUCGUUGUACAGUGCCAUGACUGGGGCUUGGGGCAAAAUGUGUUGUUCUAUGGGCAUAAGUUCAUAGAAUUUGCCUCAUGGCUUCAGUCUGCAAAAGGAGCAGGGUUACUAGCAGGCUGCUGCAUUCUUAUUAACUGCAAUAUUGCCUUAUUGGUUUGUGUUUUUAGAUGUUUGAACAGAAUCUUCAAGUAGCUACACAGAUAAGUGAAGAUUUGAAAAUAAAGGUACUCUAUUUGUGCCUUCAACAAAUGAGUUCAUUCCUCAGCAGGUAAAAUUAAAUGUUAGCUUUCAGUCACUGUUUCUCUAUUACUUAGGAGGGAUGUUUUCUCUGCACAUAUACUACCUAGCAACUAGAACCCCCUGCCUGUUGCUCCCCUCAGCUACACUGUUCCUUAAAAGUAAGACAUGAGGAAAGUAGUGUUUAGCUUCCUGCUCCCCCUUGUGACCAAAAAUGAAAGCUUUGUACCAUUCUUAUGUGCUUUGGUCACAGGGUGCUUCCAGAUACGAAUUAUUUAGCAGCACACAGUCACUGAGCAGCUCGCAGCUCAUGCUAAGAGUUUCCCAGAGAGGAACUCACAACUGCUUUGCUGCUCCCUUGUCCUUUUUGCUGCUACAACAUGCUGAGCCUGGCUAAGCUUUGGUUUAGCAUGAUGUCUGAACCAGGGCAUCAAGCAGGUAAACUCCCCCAUUAAGCACAAGCUGCAGCCAAGGUUCAGACAACACACUGAGCCAAACCUUGACUUACUUCAGUGCAGAACAGAAGCAAAGAGAACCAGAAAAGAGCAAAGCAGAUGUGAGCUGCUUUCCAGGAGCACUAAUGAAGUCUUGCUAAGCAAUGAUUAGACCUGGUAUGAUGUGCAAAGCAGCCCUUUGUGUCUCUAAACCAAAUUUUAAAGUGCUGCUGAUGACACUAAAGGCCCAAAUGGUUUAAGACCAGAUUAUUUGAUGGACUGCAUGCACCCAUAUUGGCCUGUCCAGACCUAAAAGAUCAGCUUCAGAAGCUCUGCUACCCUGCCUGACUUCAAGAUCUAUCAGGUUACGUUUUUUGUUUUUUAACUUCAUUCCAAAUUAGCAGGCACUAGAGAUAGGGGCCUUUUUGUAGUGGGUCCAGUUCUGUGGAAUUCCACACUAGGUAUAUAUAUAUGUGGCUCUAACAGUUUUUAAACCUGUUUUUAAAAUAGACCUUAAAGCAUUUUUAUUUCAGUCCAGUUUAAUUAGGAUGGUGUGUGCUUGGCUCUCUUAUUUUUAUCAGCUGCCAUAUUGGUGUAAUUGUUUUAUAGAUUUGUUAAAUGGUUGCUGUAUGUUUUGUUUUAUGUGAGCUGCCUUGGGCAAUUUUUCCCCUUGAAAGGCUGUAUGCAAAUACUGAAAUAAACAAAAUACUUGGUGGUUCAUUGUAAAAGAGAAGUGGCGGUACUUCCUCUUCCCUUCUGCAGGCCAAGAAAUGAAUUGUUUCUCUUUUUCCAUUUUUGGGUUUUGCCCCAUUCUCCAUUACACAGGUACAAAGAGGAAGCAAAUUUAUAUAAAGAAGAGCAUCUAAGAAAUCGUCAGUACCAUCUGUGCUAUGUUCAGUACAUGGUUGCCAUCAUCAACAAUUGCCAGACCUUUAAGUAAGUUCUGUGCUGAGGUUGUGCUAUGAUUUGUGUGGCAAAUGCAGUUUUGCUGCUUUAAAAAAGAGACAUACUAUUUCUAGUUGAGGACAGCUCUUGAAAACACAGUGUGUGUGUUUCAGUGAGGUAGAUCUUGAAUAGGAAAGACCCAACUAUUAGCUGGUCUACAUGAUAAAAAUAAAACUCUUCCCGAGUCCCUGAAGUUUGCAACUCUUUAUUCAAAUCUUUGCAGUUUUAGUUUUGUUUUCUUUAUGCAGAAAGAUUAAAGUAUAAAUGAAUAAACUUAUUUGGCCCUUUAUACACUAAACAAAAAGUGGAUAGCCUGUCUGAAGCAUGGUGGCAGGUUAUGACUAGAUGGUUGAGCCUGCAUCUGAUUCACUGUUACCUACAGUGGUGGCGCUGUGGGUUAAACCACUGAGUCUAGGGCUUGCUGAUCGGAAGGUUGGCGGUUCGAAUCCCCGCAAUGGGGUGAGCUCCCGUUGCUUGGUCCCUGCUCCUGCCCACCUAGCAGUUCGAAAGCACGUCAAAGUGCAAGUAGAUAAAUAGGUACCGCUCUGGCGGGAAGGUAAACGGCGUUUCCGUGCGCUGCUCUGGUUCGCCAGAAGCAGCUUAGUCAUGCUGGCCACAUGACCCGGAAGCUGUACGCUGGCUCCCUCAGCCAGAGAUGAGCGCCGCAAUCCCAGAGUCAUCCGCGACUGGACCUUACCUUUAUCUUUUACAUCUGCCAUGCAAACUGUAAAGCUGGAAUGAAGUUGGGCCUGUGCCAUAUAAGAAGAAUGUGCUCUAUACUUUUAUGGGGGUGCUCCAUAGUUAGGGCAAGUAGCAAAAACAACAUCCCACCAUUAUAACCCGGGGGGGGGGAAUGUAGCUUAUAAAAAUGGCAGUUGUUGAGCUAAUAAUUUGAAACUUGGCAUGGAUGAUCUUAUCGGAUGAGGUCUACAACUAGGCCAAAUUUCCAAUCCAAUAAAAAGAUUCCACAGGAGCAGCAAGGGUUAAGUGUGCUGCUCCUUUAGAUCUGAGAAGAGAUAAGAAAACACUCUGAUAAGAGUGAAAGCCUUAAAGAUGACAAGCAAAAUGAGAGAAUGGAGGUUUGACAAGAACAUUUUUUCAAAGUUUUCUUUUAAAAGUUGCUGCUCUCGCCGGCUGUCCCUUCUUCGCUCUCCUAAUAAUCAACUCCUUCCCCCAUUUUAAAAUAUUUUAUUGCAUGGGUUCCAGUGAAGUUUUGUUCAAAGUGAAGGGUUCAGUCACAGCAAAAGGUCUGAGAACCACUGCUCUAGAAUGGACUUCAUAUACCUUCAAAUUGCAGGGGAAGGAUUGCUGAUGGUAGGCAAAGACAUCUGCCCACUGUUACUUGUUUUCUUGGUAAGGAGCCGUCAGUCAGUGUCCAAGGAAUCUUGAGGUUCCAUGUAACACAUUUUGGAAACCACUGGCCUAAGCCAGUUAUUGGUUCUCCAAAUGUGUAUGUCACUCAAGGUGCGUUUGCAUACUCAUUUUUCUCAACUGGUAAUAUCGGGCAAGAAGAACCAUUUAAUUCUCAAGCAAUUGUGCUUAAGUUAUCAGAGCUUUGUUGUAGCCUCUUGUGACAUCGCAACAUAUUACCUUAACUGAGUGGUUAAACUGGCUCUUGUAUGCACCCUAUUGGGAUGUUGAAGGAUCUUGUCUUGUUUGUCAAAGGGAAUCUAUCAUCAGUUUGAAAAAGAAAUACUUAACUCCUGUGAUGGAAGAGCUUAUGACAAGCAGUCAUGCAUGCAUUGAUGCAGUUCUGGAUGAUGUUGCCAAGGAAGGAUGUGCAAGCCUGCUUGAUGAAGUCUUCAUGGAUUUAGAGGUUAAGUUUUAUUACAUUUGGCAUCCUCUUUUUAAAAUUGUCGAAAUAGUAUCUGUGUCUGUCUAGAGUGGCAAACAGACAGAAAUGCCCAGAUAUGGCUGCUGAGAUCCAUCUUUGUAGCUUACUUAAUAGGUAAAAUGGGACGCGGGUGGCGCUGUGGGUUAAACCACAGAGCCUAAGACUUGCCGAUCAGAAGGUCGGCGGUUCGAAUCCCCAUGACGGGGUGAGCUACCGUUGCUCGGUCCCAGCUCCUGCCCACCUAGCAGUUCGAAAGCACAUCAAAGUGCAAGUAGAUAAAUGGGCACCGCUCCAGUGGGUAGGUAAACAGCGUUUCCGUGUGCUGCUCUGGUUCGCCAGAAGCGGCUUAGUCAUGCUGGCCACAUGACCUGGAAGCUGUACGCCGGCUCCCUCGGCCAGUAAAGUGAGAUGAGCGCCACAACCCCAGAGUCGGUCACGACUGGACCUAAUGGUCAGAGGUCCCUUUACCUUUACUAGGUAAAACGUUAACACAUUCUAGAACAGCACUGGGGUGCACAACGAUAGAUCUAAAGUUGAAGGAUGUUGUCCAAAAGUGAUUCGAUCUAAUUUUCCCUAUGUUUGCACUACUUCUCUUUCAGCCACAUCUCAGUGAACUGAUGACAAGGAAAUGGCUGGCAGGAUCCAAUGCAGUAGAUACAAUUUGUGUAACGGUGGAGGAUUAUUUCAAUGAUUUUGCAAGAAUAAAGAAGCCCUGUAAGAAGGUACAGAAUUUGCAAAGUUUUAUCUAAGAUAGGUACUUAAAUAGUGUAGCCUAAUGGGAUGAAAUACUGCUUUGCCAUUCCUGAGCAUUUAUUAUUAUUUUGACUUUGAAUUCAGUUACAGUAAAGUAAUAAAAAGCAAGUACUAUGAAAAAUACCUUAAUAACCUGUUUCUGUAGUAAUGUAAGAUCUCUUGUCUGUAAAUGAGCAGGAUAUGCAAAGUUAAUUCCUAUGAUCCAUUCCACUCAUGCUAUUCAGAUUUAUUUUCCUCUUUAACAAGUACUACCUGUACAAACUGAAAUACCUUACAGAACAAACAAACGUUUUUGGCAGUUUCAAAGUUCUGAAACUCCAAUGAAUUUUCCUCCUGAAAUUUGCAUUCUUCAAUAAGUUUCUCUUUCUGAGAACUAUUGCAAAGUAGCUGACUGGUCUGGUUUGUGUGAGAUAUUAACGAUCCGUUUGACCACAUACACAGCCUCCUAUCCCUGACAUUUAGAAGACAUCUGAAGGCAGCCCUGUUUAGGGAAGCUUUUAAUGUUUAAUAGGUUAUUGUAUUUUAAUAUUCUGUUGGAAGCCGCCCAGAGUGGCUGCGGAAACCCAGCCAGAUGGGCAGGGUGUAAAUAAUAAAUUAUUAUAAAUUAUUAUAAUUAGCUGUAGUUCCCCAGUUUAGAAAACUGGCAAACCAUGGUUACCAGCUUUGGAAGAAGCCUGGGUUUUGUUACAGAUCUGGGAGGACCAAACCCCCCCCCCCAUCUAAACCCUAGAAAUUAAUAAAUGGUAGGAUUUUGAUUAUUUGGGAUUCAAAGGGAAAAAUAAAAGCUGCAGAGAAAUUCCUGAGCUAGCCUAUGCAAAAUGACCUGCCCAAGCACAGGGCCAUUGAGAGCCCUUGAGGUGACAGGAAAAGUGCUUUUUAGCAAGGUGUGCUGGGAAGAAGAAUGGGGAGAAGAAAGAUAAGAGAUCUAUCUUGGAUAGGCUGGCUGCAGGCAUGCUUGGGAGAGAUGCUUUUGACUCCAGUGCAAGCCCUGCUUGAGUUGACCAUGCUGUAAGAUAUUUACUUACUUACUUACUUACGUACUAACAUCAGUUUACUCAUCUCUUCCUCUUCUCUUUUGCUUCUACUCCCACCCACUCCUGGCACGCUGCCUUCCUGAGCAGUUGCCCAUGAGGGAAUACAGCCCUCAAGCUGAGAGAAAUUUCUCAUCCCUGCUCUCAGACUAGUCUGUACCCACUGGAACAGUUUCUCCCCAUUACUAGUCUGCAUGGCUGUCAUCUGGAAAUAAACAUGCUCACCAAUUUAUCUGCCACAGAUUUUGGAGUCAGUCCAGAUGAAGCUAACAGCAAGCUCCAUCCCCUAAUAGGUGAUACUAUAAGUCAGUGUUAAUUUCUUACUACUCAAAUGAGUGUAGUGCAGAAAUGAAAUACUUGUUCCUCUUAUAGACUAACAUAACACGUACUGGUUGCCAGUUGUAUAAUUUGAAUGUUUCUUUCAGAAAAUGACUAUUGAGUGCCAUCGUAGAGUUGUUGUAGAGUACAUCAAGGCUAUUAUGUUAAAGCGUAUUACUUUCAAGAAUGCAGAAGAAAGAAAAGAAGGCGCUGAGAGAAUGAUCAGAGAAGCAGAACAGUUCAGAUUUCUGUUCAAGAAACUUACUGCUGUAAGUAUAAGAAAACCACAAUGUCAAAAGAAGAAAUUUUUAGAAAUAAUUAUAAAUUAGCAUACCCACAACCUAUUCUAAAAUUAGUGCAUUAAUCCAUCUGCUUUGAAACUGCAAUGUUAAGCAGUAUAUAAAUUGUUGAAAUAAAUAAAUAUUUAUAAUCUCCACUUAUAUUAGGAGUGAGCAACUUCUGGCCCACAAGCCAAACUUAGUCUGCCAGGCCACCCUAUUUGACCUGUUUGGGGCAAGUCACACCCACUUGCCUUUCUGGGCCAUCAUAUCUUAUCUCCAGUUCAAUGGUGUCUCUUAGCACACAUCCAGGAAAUUCAGAGACAGCUCAAAUGGAGAAUAGAAGAGCGUCAGUUAACCAGCCACUCAGUGGAAAUAGAUAAAUGAAUCAGCCUCUAUCUCUCUCAAAAAAGAAGGACUCAAAAAUUGACUGAAGACUAAGUAUAUAGUGAGAAUAUGAUAGCUCAUCUACUUCAAACAACAUAUUUGUUUAGAAAUUAUUGACAUAAGUAAAAUAUACUAGUCAUACAAUAAUUCUGUAUGUGCAGAAUUGCUGAAAUGUUUUUAGAGUGGUUUUGAUGAAAAUGUCAAGUUGAAUAAACACUGUAGCCACAGUCCAGCACAGUUAGACACACUUACUCUCACUGUAAAUGAGCAACAUGUUACCAGGUGCUAGAAUGUGGCCUACAUUUUUAAACAAUAAAAACAGAAACACGACAAGGUGUUGCUGCUGCUCUGCCAGUUUGUUCUCAUGUUCUGCCUUGCAUAUUAAAGGUAAUUUGAGAUUAGAUGUCCGAAAAUGAUUAUCCAUUUUAUACUGUUCAAUAGGGAUCUGGAGAGGAAACAGAAGGACUUUGUGACGUCAUUGAAGCUAUUGCAGAAGUAUUUAAGUUGACAGAUCCAUCACUACUUUACCUAGAAGUCUCAACUUUAGUUAGCAAACACCCAGAUAUCAGGUAAUACUAGUAAUUUCUAAAGUUUGUAACAAUGCUUUCUUCCAUUCAAGGUCAUAAAUAAAUAAAUAUUAUUAUUAUUAUUAUUAUUAUUAUUAUUAUUAUUAUAAGAAGGCUUGACAAAAACUGUUGAAAUGUAGUUCUAUGUCAAUCCCUUGAUUCCACAAUUUAAAGUUACAUAUGCAAGAAAGGUAAGCAUACAAAGUCAGUAUCUGAACACAUACAACUGAGUCCCCAGUUACAAGAAUAUGUUCUUUUUAGUGCUAUUUGGAGUAGGCUUUAGCAAAUAGGUGUCUUGAGGCAACACUGCACAUUAUGAAGAAAAUGCAGAGCCCACAGCAUCUAAUGUGGGGAGGGAUUUGCAGGGUAGUUGUUGGGGUGGGCGGGCAACAUUUUACCCUUCCUCUGCUUACUGAUUUUCUUCUGCAAACGCCCCUCCCCUGUCACUUAAUCUCCCAGACAGAACUCCAAAAGCAACAGGCCUGGCUGGGGGUUAUGGGCAAGCAACUUCCUUAGCAGAGUUAUUUGAAUCAAGUUGAGCAUCCUCACACUUGCUGGCAGUUCUCCUCCACAAGAGCCCUCCUCCAUCUCUGCAUUAAGAUUCUUGGCAAAUGUGUGUUUAGGAAUGUGCCCUCAGUCCUAAAACCCUGUAGAACCAUAUGAGAUUGGAUUAGUGGAGCAACCAUAGUUCUUUGUGACUUUAAGGCCAUGGUUCCCAACGUAGAGCACGUGGCCCACAGGGGGGCAAUUUGAUUGGGGGGGGUUGAGAAUGAGUUAGACCAAGUUAAUUGCCUUUUAGGCUUCCAUGUGAAUAGGAGUUCACUUUUUGAAUAAUAAGAAUUAUAUGUCACGGGGGGGGGGGCAGUAUCAGGAUAAUCCAGAAUGCAGCAGCUAGACUGGUGACUGGGAGCGGCCGCUGAGACCACAUAACACCGGUCUUGAAAGACCUACAUUGGCUCCCAGUACGUUUCCGAGCACAUUUUAAAGUGUUGGUCCUGACCUUUGAAGCCCUAAACAGCCUCAGCCCAGUAGACCUGAAGGAGCAUCUCCACCCCCAGCGUUCAGCCUGGACACUGAGGUCCAGUGCUGAGGGCCUUCUGGCAGUUCCCUGAGAAGCAAAGUUAUGUAUAAGCAGAACACAUAAGUAAACCAGGAGCUUCACUCCUGCAUGAUUCAAAAAUAGUUUCUCAAAUCAUCACAUCCUACUAAAGAAUGCAUAGCCCCACUAUGUUUACCUGCAAGCAAUUUAAAUUACAAUAAAAUUGCUUUCCAAACAUAAAUGUGACAGUCAGCUCCUAAGCACUGAAGCAAAACCCAUCUAUAAUGCAACUGUGCUUCUCUGGAGAAGCACAUGGUCCCUCUGGUACGUCCGUCCCACCCAGCUGUGAAAAUGUAAAAAGGUAAAGGACCCCUGACAGUUAAGUCCAGUUGUGAAUGCCUCUGGGGUUGUGGCACUCAUCUCUCUUUACUGGGCAAGGGAACUGCCGGAGCGGUACCUAUUUAUCUACUUGCACUUUGACGUGUUUUUGAACUGCUAGGUUGGCAGGACCAAGCAACGGGAGCUCACCCCAUCGCGGGGAUUCGAACUGCUGACCUUCAGAUUGGCAAGCCCUAGGCUCAGUGGUUUAGACCACAAGCGCCACCCGCUUAACAAGGCAGUGGGAGGGAAAUUAUAAGUCACAGAAACACCUUAAAACAGAUUAAUAUAGAAAUGUAAUUACAACAUAAAGAUGGAAAGCAAGGAACCACGUGUGGCUGAGCAGAUAUGCUGAGUAGGCAGUGGUCGUCGUGAUGGCUUGUGGACCCAUAUUGUACAAUAUAUGUCUUGUAUAUGGUUUGUGGAAGGAUUCUCAUAACAAAGAUAACUGGAAAAAUUGGCCUGCAAGCACUCUAAAAUUUAGAGUGUCUAGAAGAUAAGUUGGUACUCAGGUGUUUAGUGUAGAAUGUGUACUCUGUGAAUUCCCUGUUGCCAAUAUCAUUCCCGUGAAUGGCUUUUGUACUAAUGCUGUUCUUCUUUCAUUGGUAGGGAUGAUCAUAUUGCAGCUUUACUGACAAUGCGAGGAGAUGCCAGCAGAGAGAUGAAGCAGACCAUAAUUGAAACUCUGGACAAAGGCCCAACCAUGCCAAAUCCAAACUAUGUGCCCAUUUUUAAAGAAAUUACAGUUCCAACAUUAACUGUGCCAAAGCUUCUUAAGUAAUAGCAACAUAUUUCGGUAUGGAUCACUUUGGUGUAGUGUUGAUAUACUGUAGCCUAAUCUGGCUUUGCACAUAGAAAACACAUGGGAAUUUCAUGCUGGACUUUUAGUUUUUGUGUCUGAUGUUAGCUUAGUCACUUGAAGAGUAUGCUGUAUUCUGAUGGCCAGAAUGCUUUAAAUUGAUGUCUUUGCCAUCAGUUGUUUUGACAAACUCUGUCUUGAACUUUUUGUGUGUACUCUGAUGACUAACUGAAUAGGUUUUAGAAAAUGUAUUAGGGAUGGAUUUAUGCUUUAUUCAUGAAAAAAUGAAAACUUGAAAUUGUUGAGGUACAUUGGUUAUUGUUUCCCCACCCUGAUUUAACAGACUUAUUGGAUUUGAAAGCAGAUGUGUAUAAAGGAUUGCUAAAUGUGCGAUGCCAUUUGCAUUGGGAAUGGAGACUGUUCAGAGCUUCCCUCUCCCUUCAGGAACCUUUAACACAAACUUUAUACAUGCUCUCUACUUAUUUUCAGUAUUGCAUGUCAUUUCACAACACAAAAUUUUCUAGGUGGCUUACACUGAAAAAUACUGUCAGCAUAAAAUAAAUAAUUAAAGCAUGAAAUUAAAAAAACACGUCAUACUAAACCACCAAGAUUCAAAUAAAGAUUUCAUAAUUUGUUUAAUAAGCAUGAGUAAACAGGAAGGUCUAUACUUGGUGCCCCCAAACAAAACACAUAGGAGCUGCCUGACACCAAAUCAGACUGUCAUUGAUCCAGGAAUUUUGCUAGUGGCCCAAGAACCAUCAGUGGCAUAGCGUCUUGCACCACCUAACAUCACCUGCAACACAACCUGAAUAGGGAGCCUCAUUUACCUAUGCUCUGGUAACCUCCAGAUUAUAUUGGUUCACAUGUGAGGACUGACUUUUGAAGACUGUCCGGAAACUGCAGUUAGUACAAAACAAAGGAAUGGAGAGACAGAGCUGUGUGUCGUACUGUUGACUAUCAAAUGUCCAGGUGACGGCUCACAUUAAUUUCAUAUACAGUUAUACCUUGGGUUGCGCGUUUUCAUGUUACGGACUGCGCCGAGCCCAGAAGUACCGGAACGGGUUAAUUCCGGGUUUCAGCACUCGCGUGGGCGCAGAAACACAAAAUGAUGUUGCGCAUGUGCAGAAGCGCCGAAUCGCGUCACGUGCAUUCGCAGACGUGGUGCUGCGGGUUGCAAAUGUGCCUCCUGCACGGAUCACGUUCACAACCCCGAGGUAUGACUGUAGAUUUUAAAUAGCAUAUGAGAUAGAAUGGACCAUUGUAGGACCCCACAGCUCAAACCCCAGAGUCAAUCAACUGCCCACAGUAGUUUCUGGUAAUUAUGCUGCAGGUAAGAGCAGAACCACUGUAAUACAGUGACUCCUCGAGACAUUGCUGGACGCCAUGGUCGCUGGUGUAAAACGCUGUAGAAUUGGAAGGGUUCCCAAGGGUCAUCUAGUCCAACCCCCAGCAAUGUAGGACUCUCAGGAGCGACCAUACUGUGUUAACCAUAAAGAGUGGGUCUUAUGAUAGCAAGAUAGUUGCUUCCAAUCGGGGGCAGGGAAUACCCUUAUGGAACACUUAAUUCACCAUUGGAAGGGGGAUAACAAGGAAAGAUGGAUUUGACUCUGUAUGCUCUCAUGUUACCUUGUUUAUUAACAAUAGUGCAGUAAUCUCCCUUUUGUCCCCAGUCACAGCAGCCACUAUGAAGAAAUAAUCUUAAUUCUUUUAGAGUCGAUAUGAGCUGAAUCUGUAUUGUAAAAGAGUUCCCAUGUUUUUGAUGUCAUGUGGAUGACUGAAUACAAGAUUUAUAAUCUGUACAUGUA